CUUGAGGUGUUUUCACUAUCAGUUAUUGAGAUAUCGUAUCUCCUUAUUAUAAUUAAAUUAUAACUUCAAUAAUAAGUAUUAGGUAAUAAAUUUCAUAUAUUCUUUUAACUGCAAUUGAUAAUAAUAAUAGUAUUGAUAUCAACGAAUAUAAAUAUUGGUCACUACUAUAAACAGUUUGCAGAACAAUUAACAACAUAUCUACUGUAAAGUACACCUCCUGUCUCAUAAUAAUAAAUUUUUAAAAAAUGUGUCUAAAAAAUUUAUUGAUUGUCGUGGUCGUAAUAUCGUUCGCCGGAAUACAGGCAUAUUCAAUUGAUAAUAAUUCAGAGGGCGAAAUCGAAGAUUCUUUGUCUACCGUAGAUUUAUCCAAUGCCGGAAUAGUUAAAAAUAUUAAGAUAAGAAGUGUUGUUGACAAUAAUCGCCAAAAAAUAAUAAUUAAUAAUGUUGCAAAUGAAGUUAGAACAAUUACUAUUCCUAAUAAUGAUGCAGGAAUGUCUAUUACUAAUGGAAAUAAUAAUGUGAACACCGUCACUAUUAAUACGAGUAGUGGUACAAUUACUAUUGAUAAUAAUACUAACAAUGUAAAUACAUUUACUAUCCAAGGUACCAGUAAAAGGAUUGUUAUUAAUAAUAAUAGUGAUAAUGUGAAUACCUUUACUAUUAAUGGCGAUAAUGGAUCGAUUACUAUUAAUAACAAAAUGACACGAAAUGUGAAUACCAUUACUGUAAAUGGAAAAAGAGGACAGAUCACUGUCAAUGAUAGCGAUCCUUCCAAUAACGUUAAUACAAUUACUGCUAAUAAUUAUUAAUGAGUUUACUUGUAAAAAAAAAUUGUAGAUAUCAAUAGUACAGUAGAGUCUCUAUAACUUUUUCGUUCUGUAACUUUGACUUCCCUUCAUUUCUCCUCUGACAGCAGGGGAAUUGUUCUCCCACUCUGUCACUCAACUGUACAUGCGCAAAGGUAAAGCGCGGUUCUGCGCAUAGGCAUUGCGCGUAUACUGAGUAUUCUAACCCUUAAUUCGUGUACGUAAAUAAACAUUUAAGUUAAAUAAGCUUUAAUAUUGCGAAAAUCAUUUUAAAAAAAUAAAAAAACUUAUUACUUGAUGAAAAAUGAGUUUCACUGGAAAAAUUGAUUUUCUAUUUAAGAAGUUUAACAACAAUAAAAUUGACAUAUUAAUUUUGGAAAAACCUAACCUUUAAAAUUUAAAAACCCGUGGGUCGUUUCGACUGACUUACACUUUUUUUAAGCCACGUCUUCUAGUAAAAAGAAGGGGUACUUCUACAUUUUUAAUUCCCGGAAUUCGGGAUUCGUCUGAGUUAAAGUUAGAGAGACUCCACUGUAAUAUUUUUGAUGUCAUAAUUAAUACGGAAAAAUAUAAAAUGACUUCUAUUAAAGAUGAUCGUAAUAAUUAUUGUCAUUAUUAUAAUUAUUAAUUAUUGUUGCUAUAAAUUUCUGUUUAUCUUAACUAUAAAAAUAUAUAUUUGUUUAUGUAAAAGUAUAUAAUUGUAUUUUGGAAUUGUAGUUAAUGAAUACAUAGUUACCAUAGAAAGUA